CCUCCGUCUACCGGGUCGGUGGAAACGAACCGAGCGUCAGUGAUUCUCUGGCCGGCUGAGACGCGUGUUUGUCAGGAUUGAGAGCCAGCGCAUCCCCGCCUCUGUCACCCUGCGCGCGGUAACGGGCACUGCCGUUAUACGCCCCCCGGCGAGAUGUCUUCCUCGGACGAGGAGAGCCUGAGUGAACGUUCGUGUGUGAGCGAGCGUUCGUUCCGCAGCGAGAGAUCUGGGGGCUCUCUGUCGCCCUGCGCCCACAGCACAGCCGGGCCCAAAGGGGACACUCUGCCAUGGAACCUGUCCAAACACGAGAGGCGCAAACGCAAGAGUCAGGACUCAGUGCUGGACCCCGCAGAGAGGGCAGUCGUAAGAGUCGCAGAUGAACGAGACCGGGUGCAGAAGAAAACUUUCACAAAAUGGGUCAACAAACAUCUCAUAAAGGUGCGGAAACACAUCACAGACCUGUAUGAGGAUCUAAGGGAUGGACACAACCUUAUUUCCCUGCUGGAGGUGCUGUCCGGUGUCACAUUGCACAAGGGCAUAUCGACUCUGCGGAGGACAUCAGUGUCCCGCGCGCCACCGCUCAUCCUGCUGGGUGGGGAGGAUGAGGAUGGAGCUCAGGGACCCAGGGAAAAAGGUCGCAUGCGAUUUCACAGACUCCAGAAUGUCCAGAUCGCCUUGGACUUCCUCAAGCAGAGACAGGUCAAAUUAGUUAAUAUACGCAAUGAUGACAUCACAGAUGGGAACCCAAAGCUGACACUGGGACUGAUCUGGACCAUCAUCCUUCACUUCCAGAUCUCUGAGAUCUAUGUGAGCGGAGAGUCAGGCGACCUCACGGCGAAAGAGAAGCUGCUAAUAUGGAGUCAACAGGCCACCGAGGGCUACCCCGGUCUACGCUGUACCAAUUUCUCUUCCAGCUGGAGCGAUGGACGCUUGUUCAACGCUCUUCUGCACAGAUACAGGCCGGACUUAAUUGACAUGCAAGUGGUUGCACAACAGAGUAACCGUGAGAACCUCGAACAGGCCUUUGAGAUUGCAGAGUCAUUAGGGGUGACACGACUCCUAGAUGCUGAAGAUGUUGAUGUGCCGUCACCAGAUGAGAAAUCUGUCAUCACGUACGUCUCCUCCAUCUACGACGCUUUCCCCAAGAUCCCAGAGGGUGGAGAAGGCAUUGCAGCUCAUGAGGUUGACCAGCGAUGGACAGAAUACCAGUCUGGCUUCUCUUCUCUGCUGCAGUGGACGAGGCAACACACGGCCCUCAUGGCCAAUAGGAGCUUCCCCCACAAUCCUGUGGAACUCAAAGCACUUUAUAAUGAAUAUGUCCACUUCAAAGAGACAGAGAUCCCUGCAAAAGAGAGAGAGAAGAGCCACAUCGAGCACCUUUACAAGCUUAUGGAGGCGUGGAUAGAGUUUGGGCGCAUUAAGCUUCCUCAAGGGCUACACCCUAAUGAUUUGGAGGAGGAAUGGGGGAAACUGAUCCUGGAGAUGUUGGAGAGAGAGAAAGCACUGAGGCCUGCUGUGGAGAGGUUGGAGUUACUCCUACAGAUGGCCAAUAAGAUCCAGAACACGGCUCUAGAUUGUGAAGAGAAACUCACAUUGGCGAAGAACACUUUGCAGGCUGACAUGUCUCAGCUAGAGAGCGGGCAGCCGGUGCGGUGUGAGAAUGAAUUGGGGAUGUAUCUGCAGGAUUGCGAGGCUCUGGUUAGACAGCUUCACCUUGACCUGCAGGUCCUCCGGGAUGAGAAGUACUACCAAGUGGAGCAGCUGGCUUUCAGGGUGUCAUGUCUGCAGGAGGAGCUGGUCUCUUUGCGCUUGCAGUGUGCCAGUGUGUACAGGAAGGGUCAUUUCUCUACUGGCGGUCUGCUGGGGGAGCAUGUGGGUCAGAGGGGAUCUUCAGGGGGUCUGGCUACACUGGGAGCACAGACUCUUCUGGGAGCGGUGGCUGCUGCUGCAUCACUUCUCAGACGGCCCAUGUCUCGCGCAGAUCUAGUAGCCAUGUCGUCGUCUGAGGAUGAAGGCACUCUGCGCUUCAUUUAUGAGCUGCUGGGAUGGGUAGAAGAAACACAGGAUCUGCUGGAGCGAGCCGAGUGGGGUUCUGAUCUGCCGUCUGUAGAACAGCACUUGCAGGACCACCACAUCAUUCACACUGCAGUGGAGGAUCUUUUAAAUAGCCUCAAAGAGGCUCGAACCUAUGAGUCAAGGGUCUCACCCAAUUUACGUAGCAGUUACUCUGAAACUCUGUCCAAGUUGGAGAACCAGUAUUGCAAACUGCUGGAACAUUCGUCAUGGCGACUGCGUUGCCUGGAGAGCCUUCGAGCUUUUGUGUCCCACUGCACCGAGGAGCUGAUCUGGCUCAAUGAGAGGGAGGAGGAGGAGCUGGCCUUCGACUGGAGCGACAGCAACACCAACAUGGCUGCCAAAAGAGAGCAGUAUGCUGACAUGAGGUCUGAACUGGAGGAGAAGCAGGAUGUGAUGCGCUCUCUCCAGGACACAGCUGACCACCUGUGUCUUGAAAACCACCCAGCCAAACAAACAGUUGAGGCCUACAGUGCUGCCCUGCAGACGCAGUGGCAGUGGAUUAAAGAGCUCUGCAUAUGUGUGGAGCAGCACCUCAAGGACAACACUGCCUACUUCCAGUUUAUGAGUGAUUCAAGGGACUGUGAAAGCUAUCUACGGCAACUACAAGACACCAUUAAGAGACAGUAUACCUGCGAUAAAAACAGCAGACUUGGCAGAUUAGAGGACUUGCUGCAGGACUCCAUGGAGGAGAAAGAACAAUUGAUUGAAUACCGCAGCACAGUGGCCAGUCUUGUAGGCCGGGCCAAAUCUGUUGUCCAGCUCCGCCCACGCAGUGCAGACAGUAACCUGGGCACCACCACACCCAUUCGUGCCAUCUGUGACUACCGACAAAUAGAGAUCACCAUCAGCAAAGGCGAGGAGUGUGUCCUGGAGGAUAACUCUCAGAGGACCAAGUGGAAGGUCAUCAGUCCUACUGGAAAUGAGGCCAUGGUGCCAUCUGUGUGUUUCACUGUUCCUCCCCCUAAUCAGGAAGCCAUCGACACUGCCAGCAGAAUGGAGCAGAUGUACCAGAACGUGAUGUCUCUGUGGCACCAGCUGCAUGUGAACAUGAAGAGCGUGGUGUCCUGGCACUAUCUGCAGAAGGACAUAAGAAACAUCUCCUCCUGGAGUCUGGACACAAUGCGAUUGCAGCCCCCAGCGGAGAGACAGCAGGCUUUAGACAACCUGGAUGCUCACUUGACUGACUUUCUUACGGACAGUCGCGAGAGCUCGCUUUUUACGCCAACAGAACGACGUGAGCUGGAGAGAGAAGCUGAGAACUGCCGUGAACAUUGCCAAACACUGCUGGUGUCUCUGGAGACAGUGGAGAAGGAUGAGUUGGCAUCUCGUGCUUACCUGUCAGAGCUUCAGAGCAUCAAGUCUCACCUGGAAGAUGCAGAGAGCAGACUGAUGCGUGGCAUACAGACUCCACAUCCCAGCACGUUAUCAGGAGACGCUGCAGACAGCUCUGUUCAUAUAGCAGAGCAAGAGAAGCUCCAGCAGGAUCUGAAAGGUCUUCAGUCAGAUUUGGGUGAAGUGUCUCGUCGCUGCGUGAGCUUCUUUGAGGAGAAACCUACAUCUUCCAGUGUGCCUGUCCUGCGGUCGGAGCUCAACCUGGCUGUAGAGCAUGUAGAGAAACUCAACUCCCUCUCCUCUGUAUAUCUGCAAAAAUUGAAGACAGUAGAUGUGUUGAUGAAAAGCCUGCAGGCGGCAGAAAGCCAGGUCAGAAAGUAUGAGAGUCGACUGAGUGAAGAGGACAUCGUGCCCGCUGAUACUGCCGCAAUCCAGGCCUUAGGAGAGCAAUUAAAGAAAUGGCACUCUGAGCUGCAGGAGCAGGAUCACUUAUUUCAGAGUUUGAGUUUAGAGGUCCAGCAGGCUAGAGAGGUGGGCAACCAGCUCAGCCAGCUUCACCCAGACCGCAGCCCUGAACUGGACCGCUAUCAGGAGAAAGCACACCAGCUUACAGAGAGGUGGAGUGGAGUCCGCAGGCAGAUGGAGACACGUCAAGCGGAUCUGGAGAUGCUGGGAUCUGUUCUGCAGCAGUAUCGAGAAGGCCACACUUCUCUCAUCCGCUGGAUAGAGGAGACCACGGAAAAACAAGAGAACACACAACCCGAACAAACUGACAGCAGAGCUUUGUCAGAACAGCUCGCACAGCAAACUGCGUUGGUGGCUGAGAUCGAACAGAACCAGGUCAAGCUGGAUGAGUGCCAGACCUGCUCUAAACAAUACAGCGCUGCCGUUAAGGAUUAUGAACUUCAACUUAUGACGUUCAGAGCUUUUGUUGAAUCAACCCAAAAGUCGCCUGUGAAAAGGAGGAGGAUGCACUCCUCCUCAGAUGUCAUCACACAGGAGUUCAUGGAUUUACGCACUCGCUACACAGCUCUGGUUACCCUGACAACGCAACAUGUCAAGUAUAUUAGUGAUGCACUACGAAGACUGGAGGAGGAAGAGAAAGAAGUGGAAGAGGAGAAGCAGGCCCGAGUGGGGCAGGUCUCAGACCUGCUUGGUUGGGUCAAAGGCCUACAGGAGCGCACUGGCAGAUCUGCAGAGCCAUCACUCGCUGCACAUCAGGCUGUUAGUGAGCAGCUAGCAGCUAAAAAAGAGGAAGUUGCUGAAGCUAUCAGGAGCACCCAAGUCUUCCUGAUGUCAAAACAGGCCAGCAAGUUGUCCUCUGAAGAGCGUGCCCAGGUGGUCUCUCAGCUGGAUGAGCUGACGGCAACAUACACACAACUGUGUGAUAGUUCUGCCGCACAAGUGCACCAUCUGGAAGAGCAACUGGCCAAAGAGGAAAAGCGCAAGGGCCAGGAGGUCAUCGCUGGAGUAAUUGACCUUGGCACCAUGGAAACCUUUCCAGUUUUCCAGGCAGCACAGCAUGGCCUCAUAGACCAAGACACCUGUCAUGUACUGUUAGAAGCACAGAUUGUCAUGGGUGGCCUUUUCCACCCUGACUCUCCUGAUAAAUGCUCAUUAGAUAAGGGUCUUUCCAGUGGUUUGAUUAAUCAACCUAUCUUCCAAUCUCUGGAAGAAUUAGAGACUGCUAUUUGUCUUGUCAACACAACAAAAUUUGAACAGGGUCAUGAAUUACCAGUUGCAACAGCAAUGAAAGAAGGUGUCAUAGAGGAGCUGGUGGGGCUUCGUAUACUUGAGCUGCAAAUAAGCACUGGUGGUCUGAAAGUUGGCUCCAGUGGUGUAAUGGUCAGUCUGGAGAUUGCAAGGCAGAAGGGUUUGCUAUCCAUGGAUCUUUCUCAAAAGCUGCAAUCCUGCCUUCAGCGGCGAGAACUUAUUGAUUCAAAUACAGCAGAAAAACUAAACCUGGUUGACUUUCACAAGCGUUGUGUUCUCAAUGAGGAGACAGGUCUGCGUUUUUUCCCAGUUAAACAAAAGCCAGGAGGAACUGUCUGCUUAUGUUCUGGUAGAAAGGUGGGAAUUUUCCGGGCUAUUCAAGAAGGACUCAUUGACCGACAUGUUGCAGUUAGACUGCUAGAAGCUCAGUUGUUUGCUGGAGGUAUCACAGACCCCCGCUUAGGACACAGAUUGACUGUUAAUGAAGCCGUUCGACAUGGCCUGAUGGAUCAGGACUUGGCCUGCACCCUCAUGACACGACAGUUACAAACAGGGGGAAUAAUAGAUCCAGUAAGUGGGGAGCGUCUGGAAUUGGAUGAGGCCAUACAAAGAGACCUUCUCUCUCCUCGCAUAGCCUUGCGUGUAUUGGAAUCUCUCCAGUCUUUUAUGGCAAUGCUGUGGCCAGAGUCAGGGGAGCUGCUACCUGUAAGUGAGGCACUUCAGCAGGGUGUUGUUAACAGGGAACUCGCUGCAAAAGCUCUGAGAAAACGUCAUUCUGUUGGUGGUAUAUUUCUGCCUGAGAGUGGACAGGUGGUCCCUCUACAUCAAGCUGAGAAGAUUCUUGAACCACAGGCAGUGGAGUUCUUAAAGCAGACCCAGGUUCCAGAUAUCCUUCCCAAUGCUACUCCAUCAAGUUCCUCGUAUAUGAAGCAAUUGAGUUUGGGAUCUGUCUGUUCUUCAUCACCACCUGCUUCACAUGCAGAUAUCAGUUAUGACUUUUCUAUAGCAGAGGAAGGCAUAUCACAAGAGCAGGUUCAAAACCAUCUGCUCACUCAAGUGAUGACACACAGCUACAUUAAUUGUCACUCAGGAGAACGCUUAGUCCUGCUAGAACCAGAUUUGGUAGAGCUAAUAUGUGAAAAUGUAAAAAGCUCAAACCUUGCUAUACCAAUUAAACAUAAACUUGAGAGCAUUAGUGCUACAGCUGACAGCAGAUCUAUGAGUGGGAUUGAAGAGGACUUGGAAAAUGAAGAACCCAAAAUUAUACAAUAUGAGAUUCCCUGCAAAGACCUUUGUUUGGAACAGACUACAAAAAUGCUAGAGGAAGGUCUUGCACCUUUGAUGGUCACAGACAGAACAUUUACAGAGCCUUUGUAUAAAGAGUUUGUGCAAGAGAAAGCUUUAUCAUCAGAAGUGUAUAGAGAACCCAAGAUAAAAGGCAAAAUCCCCUACAAAGUUGUUAAUAUGGGAGGGACAAUAGAAGGAACAGAAGAUCUUACACCACUUGCAGAAACAAACAAAAUCAUCAAAGAACCUUCUAAAGAAAUGAUUUGGCAAGAAAAGGAUUUGUCAUCAAGAGACUGUGUAGAUCCCAAGAUUAAAAAAGAUGUCAUUUUCAGCAAGAACACUGAGAGGACUAGUACUAUAGAAGAAGCAGGGGAAGAUUGUGCAUACUUGACAGACACAGUCAGGGAUUUCAUUGAACUUUCCCAUGAAGAGGUUUGCCAAAAGAAAGUUCUGUCAUUAGGACAGAAUAAAGAACUCGGGAUUGCAAAAGAUGAAACUGCCAGCAAGAUGACUGAAAUGGGUGAGCGACUAGAAAGACAGAUGGAAGUUUUUGCAUCUUUGAAGGACCCAGAAAAAGACUUUAUAGAACCUUCAUAUGAAGUUUCUUCACAACACAGAGUUCUGUCAUCGGAAGAAUACAAAGAACCUAUUAUUUUAAAAGGAGAAACUGCCUGGACUAAGAUGGGUGAGACAAAAGAAAGAACGGAGGAAGGUCUUACACAAUUGACAGGCACAGAAGCCACUGUUAUGGAGGCAUCCCAUGAGGCUUGGCAAAGGACGGUUAUCACAUCGGAAGAAUGUCAUGAACCCACAAUUAUAAAAGGUAAAACAGCUUUGAGUAACACUGGCAUGGGUGACACAAUUGAAAGAGCAGAAGAAACCUUUAUGGAGGCUUCAGGUGAGAGUUGGCAAAGAAAAGUACUGUCAUCAGAAAAAUGUGAUGAAUCCAUGAUUAAAAAAGGUAAAAUUCCCUGGACAAACACAAAUGUGGGUGACAUGAUAGAAAGAGUGGAGGAAGAUCUUGCACCCUUGACAAGCUCAGCCAAAACAUCAAUAGAGCCUUUACAUAAAGACAAAUUACAAGAGAAAGUUCUCUCAUCAGAACAAUAUAAAAAACACAUUUCCAGCAAGAAGACUAAAAUGGGUGAGACAUUUGAAAAGCAAAAGGAAGUUGUUGCAGAUUUGACUGGCUCAGAAAAAGCCUUUAUAGAACCUGCACAUGAAGUUGGUUUGCAAGAGAAUGUUCUGUCAGUAAGAAAAUAUGAAGAACCCAUGAUUAUACAAGAUAAAACUGCAUGGAUGAACAUAGAUAUAGGUGAGACAAUAGAAAGAGCAGAGGAAGGACUUGCACCCUUCACAGGGACAGCCAAAGUUUUAACAGAGCCUUUACAUAAAGCGAAAUUACAAGGAAAUGUUCCAUCAUCAAGGCAAUUGAAAGAAUUUGAGAUAAAGAGGGAUGAAACUGCCAACAAGAAGACUAACAAGAGUGAGACACUAGAAAGACAAAAGGAGUUUGCUGCAGGUUUAACUGACUCAGAAGAAGCCUUAUUAGACCCUACACAUGAAGGUGUUGCAAAUUUGAUAGGCACAGAAGAAACUUGUAUGGAUCUUUCAAGUGAGAUCUGGCAAAGAAAAGUUAUGUCAUCAAGAGAAUGUGAUGAGCCUGUGAUUACAAAAGGCAAAAUUGCCUUGACUAACACAAAUGUAGGCAAUACAUUAGAAAGAACAGAGGAAGAUCAUGCGCUCUUGACAGGCACAGUCAGACCUCUUACAGACCCUUUACAUAAAGAGAAUGAACAAGAAGUUCUGUCAUCAGGUCAAAAUAAUGAACUCAAGAUUAAAAAGGGUGAAACUACCAGCAAUAAGACUAUAUUGGGUGAAACACUAGAAAGACAAAAGAAAGUUGCAGCUUUGACUGGCUCUGAAGAAGCCUUAAUAGAGCAAAUACAUAAAGUUGUUUUGCAAGAGGAAGUUCUUUCUUCAAAAGAAUAUGAUGAGCCCAAGACUUUACAAGGUAAAGAUACCUGGAUGAACGUAGGUGUAGAUGAGACAACUGAAAGAGCAGAAGAAGAAAUAACAGAAGAUUGUGCACCUUUGACAGGUACAGCCAGAGCUUUUACAGAGUCUUUACAUAAUAUGAACUUACAAGAGAAAGUUUUGUCAUCGGGAAAGUAUAAAGAAUCCAGGAUUAAGGAAGAUGAGACUGUAAGCGAGAAGACCAACAUUGGUGAGAUGCCAGAAAGACAAAAAGAUGAUGUUGCAGCUUUGACUGGCAGAGAAAUAGAGCCAAUGGAUGAAUUUGUUCAGCAAGAGAUAGUUUUGUCAUCAGAUGAAUGUGAAAAACCCAUGCUUAUAAAAGGUAAACUGGCCUUGGUGAACACUGCUGUGGGUGAGAAAGUUGAAAGAACAGAGGAAGAUUUUGCCCCCAUGGCAGAUACAGUCACAGCUUUUACACAGCCUUUACAAGAAGUGAACUUACAAGAAAAAAUUCUAUCAACAGGAAAAAAUAAAGAACUCAAGAUUAAAGAAAAUGAAACUGCCAGAAAGAUACUGUCACCAAGAUCAGAGAAAGAUCUUUCCCCCUUUUCAGGCACAGAAGAAACUUUUAUGGCGACUUCACAUAAGGUCUUGGAAGAGAACGUUCUGUCAUCAGGAGAAUGCAAUGAUGGUGUUAAGACUACAAAAGAUGAAACAGACAGGAAGAAACUUGAUAUGAGUAGGAGUUCUGAAGAAGCUAAGAAGAGACUUUCCUCAUUGACAGGCACAGAAAACCCAUUUAUAGAGCCGCUGCAAGAAGAGUCCUGGCAAAAGAAAGAGAACAAGGCAUCUGAGGCAUCAGAACAAUAUGAAGAAUCCAGUAUUAAAACACAGAAAAUUGCCAGCAAAUUGACUGAUAUUGGUAAGACUCCAGAAAGCACAAAAGAGCAUAUUACACCUUCAAUAAAGAUGGGACAAACCUCAGUAGUGGCUUUGCAUACAAGCUCAACCCUACCAAAGACUAUAUUAGAUAACAGGAUGCUCUCUGAACAUCAUAUUGCAGAUUCAACUGUAAAUCAAUCUGAAAAUAAGCAUAUUCCAAAGCUGGAACAAGCAGAGAUAACUGAACAAAAACAGAUUGAUGUGGAUGAAGGCAGUAGACAUACUUCACAAGAUACUGUAAAAAUUUUACAAUAUGAUCCAUCAAGUAGCAAACCAAAAGAGGCCAAGACUUCAAAACAGUCUGUGGAACUGGACGUUUUUGAACAUGAUGUAAACAGAGACUGUUUUGGCAAACCUGAUAAAGAAAAGAAAGAAGAUCCUUUGGAAUUAAAGACUCUGUCUGUGGAACUAAGUGCUGGUGAUGUAAAAUUUGAGACUAUGCCUGUGGAAUGGCAGCAGGGUGAUCUUGAAAUUAAAGGUGCCGGUCAUAUGAAAAAAGAUGGGCUUGAAACAGAGGUCUUUCCUGAUUCAGAAAGCAAGAAACAGCUGGUUGAUACAGUGAUUCAGGAGAGCAAUGACACAUCAUUAGAGGUCCUGACUGAUUUUACCUUGAAAGCAGAAAAAAGACUUCAGCAGGCCAUUAAAGACAUAAAACCUUCAAUAGGCAAAUAUGUCAAAUCACAGCCAACCCUAAGCUCUAAUCAACCUCAAGAGACUUCUGAGAUCAGAUGGCAAGAGGUGGAAGUUGGGAACUCAACAACUUCACCUGACUGCACCACAGCGACAAAUAUCCCAAGGCAGACAGACAUUAAAUCUGCAAUUUCUACUGCCAUUUUCUCAGAAGACAAUGGUAACAACAAGGAACAAGUCCCAUCUACCGAGGAAACAAAAGCAAAGACUAGGAUCGAGUGGCAGGCAGUAAGUGAGCCUGCAGUCUCUAAAGUUAUUUCCUCAGACAUUGAUGAAGACUUGCAAAACAAGGAACAAAUGCUAAAAGAAAAGAAAACAGAAGGUCAAAGUUUUGAGGCAGAAGCUAAGGAAAUGAAAGACAGCAAGGCAGAUGGAUUGGAUGUUGUUUCUACACCCACAAUUGCAGUUAACGUACCAGGAAAGAAGAAAGGAAGAGGGAAAAACAGUAAGAAAGCUAAAAUGGAAAAGGAUGAGAAGCCACAAGUUUCAGACACCUCAGCCAGAAUAUCUCCUGUAGAAAAAGCAGAUGUUGUUGAACAAGAUGGCUUUACAACCAGUCAAGAACCUUUCAUAAAAAAUGGCAAUGAGAAAGUACAGCAGUCAGAGAUGACCCAAGGAAGUGGUAGCGUUGUAACUGUGUCAGGGAGUGAAGAGAAUGUGCAAGGCCAAGAUAUGGAAACUGGGAUGGAUAGAACAGCUAAUGAAAAGAAAGACCCCAAAUGGGAGUCUGAACGUGAAAACGAUACAAGCCAGAAAGAGAAGACUUUAACACCACAUAGUCCAACAACUUACAUGGUCAAAACAGACCAGAAUCAAGAAGCCACUGAGGUCUCUAAAGGUACUGAUACUGAGGUAUCAGAAAAGAAGAAGAAGAAGAAAAGCAAAAGUAAAAAGGCUAAGCAAGUGGUCACUGUUGAAGGAGUAGAAAAAAGAGAUGAUAAGAUGGAGAAAGAGCAGAAGAUGGUAAUACCUGAGGUCCAAACUCAAAGCAGCCAGUCAGAUCAGAAAGAACAUGUGAAGAAACCCGAGGAAGCAAAGCAGGCAAUGGCACAGAAGGAAAUACUUUUGAGGAAAGCAAAAGAAAGCAUUCUCAAGAAGGUGUUUGAGCGGGGAGUGAGUGAAAAGCAGGCUGCUGAAGAAUUAGAGGCCAUGCGUCAGUCAGCCAAUAAUGGAGAACGCCAUAUAACUGCACAGGAGGGAACUAGUGUAGAAAUGACAAGCAAUAAGCAAACUCAAAGUAAGAAGCAAGACAGUAAAUUACACAAGUCAAGGCAAGAACUUAGCAAAAAUGAAGAAAGGUCAGUGUUAACCACUGCAGAGGAUCUUCUAUCUGGGGCUGAUAUUGAUGCAUGCUCCUCAACUAAAUCAUUACUUCUUCCAGAUCAGCCUGACAAGAAAGCUAAGUCAGGAUUAAGAGAGGAUGAUAUGAAUCCGGACAUUUCAUCUAUGAGGACUUCUGAUGACUUUGUAGACAUUAAACAGAAAGAAGUUGACCAAACGCUGGAAACCAAAGAAAGAAAAGCAGAGGAACAAAACAUUGAGCCAUUAUAUUCAGAAGAUGAAAAGGUGAUUGAAUCUGUAAUUGAAUUGACAUCACCAUCAAGCAGUCAUGAAGUUGCUAAAUCAUUACCCCUCGAACAUGUUAUUGACAUUCCAGCAAUGAAGGACUCCAAGGAGCUUCUGUCAAGUGAGGCGUGUACUCCAAUGGUCAAAAUAGAAACAAAAAAGAUGAAAUCAAGUGAAAUUCAUUCAAAAAGAAAUGAGGUGUCCCCUUUCACUGACGAACCUUUUAACCAAGAACAUGACAUUUCUGGCCUUCCCCUUAUGGAUGUUAUCCCAGAGUCUGAUAAAACACAGAACGAAGAGGUGGAAGAAUGUCCUAUGCGUUCAGUGGAGAGACAACCUGAAGUUCUUCAAGUUAAUAUUGAAGAAAUGAGUAGGGAUGCUACAAAAGUCAGCAAGUCCUCACUUGCCCGGCAAGAGUGCUUGGAGCAUGACCAACAGAUUGUGGCCCUGCUUUCCAUGGUGAGACACAUUGAGGUUCGCCUUAAGCAGCAGCAGCAACAGUCCGUUGGGCGAAGUCUCUCCACUCUUGAUGACAUAAUCAGGCAGACGGAGGCCCUUGUUCUAGAAAUUGGUGAUCUGGAACCAGAAGUGCACAAUGAGAUUGAAUCAGCUACACAGCUACUGGAGUCUAACCUUCAUGAUGUUCCACCUCAGCUGCUUAUGGCUCUGGACAAAGAUGUGCAUAGCUUAACCCGAGCUUAUAGUGCAGCCAGAGACCAUGCACAGACUACUUUACAGGGGUUACGAACACAACGUGAUGCUCAAAAUGAAGCUGUAAACAGUCAGCUGAAGUCUUUGCAAGACCAUGUCGACAAACUUCUCAGCUGGCUUAAGGAGACUGAGACUCAAAUGCAGGAAGAAACUGGGGUAGAUGGACAGACGGUGGCAGAAAUCACUCGGAAGCAGCAGUUGUGCGAGCAGUUACAGAACUCUCUCACUGCCCGAUCCAAUGAAGUCAGCAACGUGGCGUUCAAUAUUCAGGUGUUCAUCUCUGAGCACGCUCAAGACCUGCUGCCUGAUCAGAGCAGACACCUCCUUGGACAGCUGGAGCAGCUGCAGAGGGUCUUCCACCAGGCCGUUGGUCUCAAUCAUGCCAGAGCAGAGGCACUAGCAGCCCAGCAGACAAGAGAGCAUGAACGAAUGAAGAAAGAACAGAAAGAGAAAGAAGAUAAAAUGGAAAAAGAGAGACAAGCUACAAGGGAUAGAGAGGUUGUGCAGCAGCAGAAGGCUGAAUGUUCUCAAAAACUGGAGAGUCUCACGAUGUGGAUGGCUGGUGCUGCCAGUCUUUUGGCCAAUCAGAGACCUGGAGUUGAGUCAGAUGACGUGCACACGUUACAAGAGAAGCAAAGAGCACUUAAAGAUGUGCAGAAGGACAUUCAGACCAAAAGUGACUCAUUGAUCGAGACCAUCCGCUCAGUGGAGGAGUUCCUGUCUGAUCAGGGCGACACUUUGAGUCCUGAAGAAAAGGCCAAACUGCAGGCGACUCUUUCACAAAUGAAGGAGCAGCACAGCUCACUUACAAACUCAGUCCACUCUUCACUAGCUCAAGUAGACACUGCCAUUGUCACAACACAGCAACAGAACACACAAAGAGCUAAAGCAGAAGAGCAGAUGCAGGAGACACAGGAAAAAAUAGACACACUUAUCAGGGAAUUGUCAUCGCUGGACGACUCAAAGAGGAGGUCACUUGGUGACAUCGUUACUGACAACCCGUUAUCUGUACCACAAGAGAAUGCCCUGAACUCUCACAGUGGCAUGCUUCAGACGGAGCUGCAGCAGUUACAAUCUCAGCAGGCUCAUCUUCAGCAGGUGGCCCAGUCUGUCCGUUCCCUCCUGGAGCAACCAGAUUCCAGUGUACCACCAGAGGAGAAACAACGCUUACGAGCAAAGCUUGAUCAACUCCAGAGUCAGCAUCAGGAGCGCCUCCAGAACUGUCAGGACAGACUCAGGCGGGCAGAUGCCCUUACAGAUGAGUUCACCAAAUUUGUGCAGGAGCAUGGAAACCUGGGAACGUGGCUGGAUCAGAGUGAGCAAGAGCUAUGCUCACUUGGGGAAGGGGAAAUGGAUGCAAAAGACCUAAAAAACAGAAUAGAUGAGCACAAAAGGUAUUAAAAUGAACUCGCAGAAGACGUCAUCUGUCACAAAGCAGAUCUGCGCUUUGUCACCAUCUCUGGGCAAAAGGUUCUGGAUUCUGUCCAGUGUGCCCUGCAGAGGAUGGGCAGUGCAGAUCCGGCUCUGGAGGAAACCAAACAUCUAGUCAGUGACAAGCUUCAAGAUGCCACACAACGCUACGGUUCAUUACAUAGCAAGUCUUCAGAACUUGGCACCCGUCUCUCAAGUCUCCAGGAGCGAUACCAGCACUACCAGGAUGAGGCUGGUUCUUUAGACUUGUGGCUGAACUCUCAGGAGCAGAACCAGAGCAUAUUUAAGCCCAGCGGAGAGCAAACCGACCCUCAGGCAUUGCAGCGCACUCUCAGUACUGUACAGCUGCUGCAGGAUGAUUUGGCAGAGCGUUCAGUACAGCUUGAGAAGGUCAAGAGAGCAGGAAAAGAGCUGGUCAGCAUUAAGGAGUCCCCAACGCUUAAGAAUGCAGAUAUUACGAAUGUGACAGAUGCUCUGGAGAAGCGCUUUGAAACCCUUUCUGAUUCAGUGUCUGUAAGAGCCGAACAGCUUCAGACCGCUGUGGCCCAAUCAGUCAGUGUUCAGGAGGGGCUUAAAGCACUGCUGGCGUGGUUAGAUGGCCUGCCUUUAUCACCUGCUGCUGUCCAGCCCACGGCUCAAGCUGUUCAAGAUGCCCUGACACAAAACCAGAAAAUACGUCAGGAGCUUCUUUCAAGGCAGGGCAGUGUUGAUGCCACUUUGGAUUCAGUGUCCAAGCUUCUGAAGUCUGCAGACGCAUCAACAGCUUCUGGCCUACAGAGGGAGCUGCAGGACUUGAGUCAGCGCUACACAGCAGCCCAGGCCAAGCAGACAGAACGAGAGACUGAACUGCGAGGACUUUUGCCCAAGUUGGAGAGCUUUGAGCGCCAAAGUGCAGAUCUCCGCAGCUUCACACAGAGUCGAGAAAGGGCUCUCAGCCCAGUAGGCCAGCCGGACUGUAGUGUGGAUGACUACAGGCAGACCAUAGAGGAGGUGAGAUCAGAAAUUACCCAAGAGUCCAGUCAGUUAAAAUCGUUUGUUGAGCUGGGAUCAGAUCUGAGUCAAUCUGGGAUCCUUGCCAAUGUACAAAGCCUUCUGGACACAACCAAAGAGGUUUCUGAGGACUUCGCACGCUUGGAAUCUAAUGUCAAUGAGAGAUUUGAUUCCAUCCAGAACUGUGUUCAGCAGUUGUCAGACUUCCGCUCGCGCUCCGGCUCCCUCCUCAGGUGGCUGCAGACAGUACAAGAGCAACUCCCUGCCAAAGAGCCCAACCUCAGCACAGAAGGCCUGCAGAGAAGAGCACAGCAGCUUAAAGAUCUGCUCACGGAAUGGGAGACCCAAGGAAACCAAGUUCAGGAGUUGAACAAGAACAGUUCUCAACUGGAGAACUUGAUUAUUAACACCACAGCACCUAAGAACAAGACUGGUGUUUCCCAGCUCAAUGGUGCCUCCAGCCCCAACAGUGUUAAUGGCAUUCACACCUGUAAAGACUUGACGGAGAUCCAGGUGGCAGUGGCAGAUGUGAACUGCAAGUAUGAGCAGCUGGGCAGUGACCUGAGGGAGAGGAAGAGCAAACAAGAGGCUUCUCUUGAGCUGCAGCAGAAGGCCAAGCAAAGCACUGAAGCCCUCAUCCAGUGGCUCGGCCCCCGUGAACAGAGCCUGGCACAAGGGCAGACCGCCUCACCAUCUCGGCCGGAGGUGGUGCGUGCUCAAGCACAGCAGACCAAGGUUUUACUUUCUGAGCUCGCUGAGCAUUCUGGGAAAGUGGAGGAUCUCAAGAACCUUUUGAAGCAGCUAAUUAAAGAUAAUCCAGACUCUCCUGAAGUUGACACAUGGAAACGUCAGCUUGAAGACAUUGACUCCCGAUGGACAAAUGCCAAUCAGACUGCAUCACAGAGACAGACUGAAUUGGAGGCGUGUGCUGAUAGGCUGGGUAAUUUUACAACAGCAGCCAGUCAGCUUGGGCCAUGGCUGCGGGAGAAAGAGCUGAUGAUGAGUGUCUUAGGCCCACUGAGUAUCGACCCCAACAUGCUCAACACACAGAAGCAGCAAGUGCAGUUCAUGCUGCGUGAGUUUGAGACACGCCAACCCCAGUUUGACCAACUGACCCGGGCUGCAGAGGGAAUCCUCUCUCUGACUGGAGAUGAGGGUUCAAGAGAUGAGCAAGACCUAGAGGAGGUGAGACGGGAGCUGGCAGACAUUUCAGGGCAAUGGGACGACCUCACCUCUCGCCUCAGCGGCCGUUCUCAGCAGAUUGACCAGGCACAAGGAACAAGCCAACACUACCUUGCCCUUCUUAGAGAGCUGUCUAAGAGUGUGGCUGAUCUAGGUGAACGGCUGGAUGCGCAGGCCUCUCUAAGUGCUCAGCCCGAAGCGCUGCGCCGAAGACUUCAGGAAACUGGGGAGAUCCGCUCGGAACUGGAACAAAGACGGGGACAAUUGUCCCAAGCUGAACAGCUGUGUACGGAGCUCAGCGCCAUUGUGGCUGAACCAUACCUCAGAGACGAGUUGCACAAGAGACUGGAGAGUGUGAGCGGCCCCCUCAAGAACCUAGAAGAACGGGCUGCUGAUGGCUUGUCUCAGCUCCAGGCCGCUCUGUCCAGCACUCAACAGUUCCAGCAGAUGUUUGAUGAGCUUCGUAGCUGGUUGGACGGACAGACUGGGAAUCAUACAACUGGGAUGUCCGAAACCCUCCCUUGCCAACCUGACACUCUGAAGACCCUUCUCACCCAACAAGAGGAUUUCCAGCGAGCCAUAGCACAACAACGCGGAUCCUACGAACUCAUCCAGGCUGAGGGAGCUUCUCUCCUGGCAUCCCUUCCUGCGGGAGAUGAGCGAUUAGCCUUACAGACUCGCUUGAACAACUUACGGCAAGACUGGGAGGUCUUAAACCAACAUGCCUCAGAGAAACAUUGCCGGAUAAAAGAGACACUGACCCGGGCUGAGCUGUAUCAACAACAUCGCAAUGAACUUGUGCCUUGGAUUGCAGAAUGUGAGGAAAAGGAGGCAGAAAUCAACCCAUCGCUGGAUGCUGCUGUCUUAGACGACUCUUUGCAGAAGGCUAGACAGUUGAGUCUUGAUCUGGAUCGCCGACGACCGCUUUUAGAUUCUCUGAACACAGCAGCUGAUCAAUUGCUGGAGCAGAGCUGCACUGGCGAAGAGGAAGUGAGGGAUGAAAAGGCACAGCUCAAUCGUAGGGUAGACGGGCUCUCGGAGCGACUGCAGGGACGCACAGCUCAGCUCGAGGAGUUGGGAAGCAGAUUGAAGGAGUUUGAGGAUGGCAGACAGGCUGUAGAAAGAAGACUAGAAGCAGCCAGGCAUCAGAUCGAGGUUCAAGAGGCGCUCGGACCUCAAGCUUGUAGCAACAAAAGCCUGGAGCGUCUGCGAAGCCAACAGGAGCUGUUAAACUCUGUACAGCCACAGGUGGUGUACCUGCGAAAUCUGGCUCAGGGGCUGCUGCAGGACGCACCCCAGAUAUCUGGAGCCGGCCAAGAUGGAGGUCAGAAGCUGCUGCAGCAAGCUUGCGAUACGGAAAAAGAGUUUGAAGAAGUUACUGAGAAGACUGAGCUGUGCUGUUCAUCAUUGGAGUCCCGGUUGCAGGGCGUUGGAGAGGUCCAGUCAAGGGUCCGAGAUGUUUUCUCCCGCUUGGCUGAUUUGGACGAUGAGCUGGACAGCCUGAGCCCUGUGGGACGGGAUACUGACUCUUUGGCUUCACAGGCUGACGCCGUCAGAGGCUUCCUGAGCCGACUCAAUGCCCUACGCUCAGAGUUGGAGAAUCAUGGUGGAGAAUGCACAACUAUGCUGCGUCGAGAGGGCAGCUCUCCUGAUCUUCUGGCCCUCAGGAGAGAGACUGAAGCUCUGAGCAGACAGGCGGGCAAGUUGGCAGAGCGAGGCCAGAACCGACUGGCGCUUAUAGAAUCUGCAGAGGAGCGCGUGAAGGAGUUCUACGCCCGUCUGGCUGAUCUACAGGCGCUGCUGGGCCGGGCAGAGGAGGUGCUGAACACACAGGCUGUGGUGGGGACAGAAGUGGAGGUCAUCAAACAGCAGCUUCAAGAGUUUAAGGCUGUGGAAAGGGAGCAGGUAGACAGCAUUCAGCCUAAACUGCAACAUGUCAACGCUGUGGGUCAAGGCCUUAUUCAGAGCGCAGCCAAACACACUGAUACUCAGGCUCUGGAACAUGACUUGGAGACCACCAACCUGCACUGGAACUCCCUCAACAAGAGGGUUGCUGAAAGAAUCGCACAGCUGCAAGAGGCCCUGUUGCAUUGUGGGAAGUUUCAAGACGCCCUGGAGCCACUCUUGAGCUGGCUGAGUGACACAGAGGAGCUGAUAGCCAAUCAGAAACCUCCAUCUGCUGAGUACCGUGUUGUCAAGGCACAAAUUCAAGAGCAAAAGCUUCUGCAACGGUUGCUGGAUGACCGCCGUGGGACGGUAGAGAUGAUCAGGGCAGAAGGAGAGCGUAUCGCUGCUACAGCCGAAACACAAGACCGAGACAAAAUCCAGAAACAGCUUCAGAGUUUAGGAGAAAGAUGGACAAACCUGCUGGAAAAGGCCAGCGCCAGGCAACAGCAGCUCGAGGAACUGCAGGUGUUGGCAUUACAGUUCCAUGAGGCCGUGGAGCCGCUCAGCGAGUGGCUAAGCGCAACAGAGAGACGCCUGAGCUCUGCUGAGCCAAUGGGAACCCAGACCUCCAAAAUCACACAGCAGAUUGUAAGGCACAAGGCUCUCCAAGAGGAAGUCUCCUCUCGAGAGAAUAAUGUAGACCGCCUUGAGAGUCUCAGCCAAUCUCUCCAUCCGCUCAGCUGUGCAGCCGAUCGUGAUUGGCUGGGCGAGCGUGUGGGUGCAGUGCGCAGCGGGCACACAGAGCUGCGGGAUUGGUGUGUUCGGAGAGAGGCCAUGCUGGAGCAGGCGCUGGCCAAUGCACAGCUGUUUGGAGAGGAAGAGGUGGAGGUCCUGAACUGGCUAGCUGAGGUGGCCCAGAGACUGGCUGAGGUCUCAGUGCAGAGUUAUCAGCCGGAGCUCCUAGAGCAGCAGCACAAACACACACUGGCUCUUAAUGAAGAAAUUGUCAGCAGGAAGAAGACCGUGGACCAGGCCAUUAAGAACGGACAGGCUCUGCUCAAACAAACCACUGGCGAGGAGGUCUUGUUGAUCCAAGAGAAGUUGGAUGGCAUCAAAAGUCGCUACGCUGAGAUGACGGCAGGCAGCAGCAAGGCCCUUCGGACCCUGGAACAGGCCCUUCAGUUGGCCACUCGAUUUGCCAGCUCACACGAUGACAUCAACCAAUGGUUGGAUAGAGUGGAGGCGGAGCUUAACAACGCUGAGCCAGACACAACACCAGCCUAUCAGGACAGACAGAAGGAGCUGAAGUGUGUGUCUGCUGAGAAGAGGUUAGUUCUGGACACGGUGAAUGAGGUGGGCAGUGCUUUACUGGAUCUGGUACCCUGGCGUGCACGGGAAGGACUGGACCGCCUGGUUGCUGAUGCCAAUCAGCGAUACCGCCAAGCAGACGAGACCAUCACUCAGAGAGUGCAGUUAGUACAGGCUGCCAUCCAAAGGUCACAGCAGUAUGAGGAGGCGGUGGAUGCAGAGCUGACGUGGGUUGGAGAGACAGAGAGGAAGUUGGCGUCUCUGGGGCCUUUGAGUCUGGAGCCCGACGUGACUGUGGCUCAACUCCAGGUGCAGAGAGCCUUUAACAUCGACAUCAUCCGUCACAAAGACACUGUUGACCAGCUCCUCAAGACACGAGAGGACAUCCUGGAGAGCUGCAGCGAACAGCAGAGAGAUGCUCUGAAGGUGAAGACGGACUCUUUAAGUGCUCGUUAUGAAGCGGUUAAUCAGAGUCAUGCUGAGCGUUUCUCAGCUCUAGAGCAAGCGCAGGUGCUGGUGGCGCGUUUCUGGGAGACGUAUGAAGAACUUGAACCCUGGCUGGGUGAAACUGAGACUCUGAUUACCCAGCUACCCCCUCCUGCCAUUGACACAGAGGCUCUCAGACAACAGCAAGACCAGAUGAGGCUCCUGAGAGAGUCCAUCGCUGAGCACAAGCCACACAUCGACAAACUGCUAAAGAUCGGCCCACAGCUGGCAGAACUGAGUGCCCAGGAAGGGGCAACAGUGAGGCAGCGCUAUAAUGAAGCAGAGAGACGUUACAUGCGCAUCAAAGAGGAGGUCAAAAGUCGAGCCACGGCAUUGGAUGAAGCAGUGUCACAGUCUGUUCAGCUGGUAGAGUUCCACGAUAAGAUGGACCCUCUGUUGGAGACUCUAGAAGGUGCAGUCCAGCGCUUGCGGCAGCCUCCUCCAGUGGCCGCUGAGGUGGAGAAGAUCCGGGAACAGCUGGCGGACCAUCGGGCUACAGGUCUAGAGCUGGACAAACUCCUGCCAUCGUUCAGUGCUCUGUGUGCCCGAGGAGAAGAGCUCAUCAGUCGCGCUCCACAUGAUGAUCCUGCCGCCCAAGCGGUGCGUUCACGACUCUUGCGGCUGCGCUCCCUGUGGGAUGAGAUCAGACAGAGAGCGGAGGAGAGAGAGGGAAAGCUUCAGGAUGUACUAGAUCUUGCCGGAAAGUUCUGGGCCGACAUGGCUGCUCUACUGAGCACACUCAGAGACUCUCAGGACAUCGUCAAAGAUCUGGAGGACCCGGGGGUGGAUCCUUCACUCAUAAAACAGCAAAUAGAAGCAGCAGAGGCCAUUAAAGCAGAGACAGAUGGGCUGAGGGAAGAACUGGAGAUCGUACGAACACUCGGAGCUGACCUCAUCUUUGCCUGCGGAGAGACUGAAAAACCAGAGGUCAAGAAGACCAUUGAUGAGAUGAAUGGUGCUUGGGAAGGCUUGAACCGCACAUGGAGAGAGAGAAUGGAAAGACUGGACGAGGCCAUGACUGCUUCUGUGCAGUACCAGGAUGCUCUUCAGGGCAUGUUUGACUACUUGGACAAUGCUGUCAUCAAACUGUGUGACAUGCCAGCCGUCGGGACAGAUCUUAGCACCGUCAAACAACAGAUCGAAGAGCUCAAGCAAUAUAAAGUGGAGGUGUACCAGCAGCAGAUUGACAUGGAGAAGCUUUCCCACCAAGGAGAGCUGCUGCUCCGGAAAGUGAGCGAUCAAACAGACCGAGACAUGAUCCAGGAGCCUCUCACCGAGCUUCGACACCUGUGGGACAACCUGGUGGACAAAAUCACAGUCAGACAGCACAAACUGGAGGGUGCGCUGUUGGCUCUUGGUCAGUUCCAGCACGCUCUCUCUGAGCUGCAGUCUUGGCUCAGUCAUACUCACGCCACACUUGACACCCAGCGACCCAUCAGCUCUGACCCCAAGGCCAUCGAAAUUGAGCUGGCUAAGCAUCACGUUUUAAGAAACGACGUGCUGUCCCAUCGGGCCACAGUGGAGACGGUGAACAGCGCAGGCUCUGAGCUGCUGGAGUCCAGUCCUGGAGAUGAAAUCAACCACCUGAGAGACCAGCUGGAUGAGCUGAACCGCAGCUGGAAGAACCUCCUGCUGAAGACGGAUGAGAGGCAGAAGCUUUUGGAAGCUGCCCUGCAACAGGCGGAGGGUUUCCAUGGAGAGUUGGAGGAGUUUCUGCAGUGGCUCAGACGCACAGAGAGUCAGCUAUCUGCUGCCAAACCCACAGGUGGCCUGCCUGAGACCGCCAGAGAGCAGCUGCAGCAACACAUGGAACUCCAGGCUCAGUUGGCCCAGCGAGGUGAGCAUUACCAUCGGCUAUUAGAUCAUGGAGAGUCCAUUCUGCUGGCCAGAGGAGGAGAGGACGCUGGACCCGGUACCACCCAGACACAACAGAAUCUGGCCAUGCUACAGAACAAGUGGGCCAGUCUCAAUACCAAAAUGGAAGACAGAAGGGGUAAACUGGAGGAAGCCGUCUCACUGGCGACAGGUUUCCAGUCCUCCCUGCAGGACACCAUAAACUGGCUGACACAGGCAGAGCAGACUCUCAACAUGGCUCAGCCGCCCAGUCUCAUCCUGGACACUGUGCUCUUCCAGAUAGAUGAGCACAAGGUGUUUGUGAAUGAGGUGAACACUCACAGAGAGCAAGUUCUGGCUCUGGAGAAAGCUGGCUCUCAACUGCGUUUCGCCAGUCUCAAACAGGACGUGGUUCUCAUCAAGAACCUGCUGCUGAGCGUACAAGCCCGCUGGGACAAACUGGUACAGAGAUCACUGGACAGAGGACGCCACCUGGAUGAAGCCCGCAAGAGAGCCAAACAGUUCCACGAGGCCUGGAGGAAGCUGACCGACUGGUUGGAGGAAGCAGAGAGCAGGCUGGACUCUGAGCUGGAAAUCUCUAAUGAGCCUGACAAGAUUAAAAUCCAGCUGGCCAAACAUAAGGAGUUCCAGAAAUCUCUUGGCUCCAAGCAGCCGGUUUAUGACACCACAGUGCGUUCUGGGAAGGCCAUGAGAGACAAGGCCACACUGCCAGCGGAUACGCAAAAACUGGACAACUUGUUGGGUGAAGUCCGGGACAAAUGGGACACAGUUUGUGGAAAGAGUGUAGAGAGGCAACACAAGCUGGAGGAAGCCCUCCUGUUCUCAGGUCAGUUUGCGGAGGCUCUCCAGGCACUUGUUGACUGGCUGUACCGCGUGGAGCCUCAGCUCGCGGAGGACCAGCCGGUACAUGGAGAUCUGGAUCUUGUUUCCAACCUCAUGGAUUGUCAUAAGGUCUUCCAGAAAGAGCUGGGGAAACGCACCAGCAGUGUACAGGCUUUGAAACGAUCUGCUCGAGAGCUGAUGGACACCGGCCGAGAUGACACUGCCUGGGUCAAAGUUCAACUGCAGGAGCUGAGCAACCGCUGGGACACUGUCUGCGCCCUGUCCGUUUCAAAGCAGACGCGCCUCCAGCAGGCUCUCAAACAGGCAGAGGAGUUCCGCACAGCUGUUCAGAUGCUGCUGGAGUGGCUGUCAGAGGCAGAGCAAACAUUGCGCUUUCGGGGCGUCCUGCCAGAAGAAGCAGAGACUCUGCAAGCUCUACUGCACACACAUCGAGAUUUCAUGCAGACAGUGGAGGAGAAGAGAGUGGAUGUGAAUAAAGCUGCUGGCAUGGGUGAAGCCAUUCUCGCUGUGUGCCAUCCAGACUGCAUCACCACUAUCAAACACUGGAUCACCAUCAUCAGAGCUCGCUUUGAAGAGGUGCUGACGUGGGCCAAACAGCACGAGCAGCGCUUGGAAACAGCUCUGACUGAACUGCUCAAUAACGCUGCGCUACUGGAGGAACUCUUAUCAUGGCUGCAGUGGGCAGAAACCACGCUGGUGCAGCGCGACACUGAACCCCUUACACAGGACAUCCUGCAGCUCAAGACACUCAUCACUGAGCAUCAGGUGUUUAUGGAAGAGAUGACCCGAAAACAGCCCGAUGUUGACAAAGUGACUAAGACGUACAAGAGGAAACCAGCAGAACAUCCCAGCAGCCUGUCAGACAGGAAAGGAGCCCGCAAACACCAGCAGCAGCAGCAGCAACAGCAUCACUCAGUGCAGGUGACAGGUGGUAAUCCUCGCCUCACUCAGCUCUGCUCCCGCUGGCAGCAAGUAUGGCUGCUCGCCCUCGAUCGCCAGCGUAAGCUCAAUGAUGCCCUCGACAGACUAGAAGAGCUUAAAGAAUUUGCCAACUUUGACUUCGAUGUGUGGAGGAAGAAAUACAUGCGCUGGAUGAACCACAAGAAGUCUCGUGUGAUGGAUUUCUUCCGACGCAUCGACAAAGACCAAGAUGGAAAGAUCACCCGCCAGGAGUUUAUUGAUGGCAUCCUGGCCUCAAAGUUCCCUACCAGCAAGCUGGAGAUGACUGCUGUUGCUGAUAUCUUUGACCGUGACUGUGACGGCUACAUUGACUACUAUGAAUUUGUGGCUGCACUGCACCCCAACAAAGAUGCUUACAGACCCACAACAGACGCUGAUAAGAUUGAGGAUGAGGUCACAAGACAAGUGGCCCAAUGCAAGUGUGCGAAGAGGUUUCAAGUGGAGCAGAUCGGAGAGAACAAGUACCGGUUCUUCCUUGGCAAUCAGUUCGGAGACUCACAGCAGCUUCGUCUUGUCCGAAUCCUGCGCAGUACCGUCAUGGUUCGGGUUGGAGGAGGCUGGAUGGCGCUGGAUGAGUUCCUGGUAAAGAACGACCCUUGUCGAGUGCAACAUCCAGGACUUAAAAUCUUGCGUUCUGACUCCAGCAGCUCCAUAUCAUCUCGCAUAGUGACGGUCACUCCUGGCUAUUUCUGCUGCAGAGCUCGCGGACGCACCAACCUGGAGCUUCGAGAGAAGUUCAUUCUUCCAGAGGGAGCCACGCAGGGUCUGGCGGCCUUCCGGUCCCGGGGUCGGCGGUCCAAGCCUUCGUCCCGCACAGCUUCACCCACGCGCUCGUCUUCAUCUGCGUCACACAGUGCCCACAGCUGCGCCUCUGUGCCCUCUGCACCCGCUACACCCACAGCCUCCUCUAGGUCCUCCCAAUCCCAAUCUCGUGGCUAUGCCAAGCCCUGGCUGGCACACAGUAAAACUCCAACUCCAACCAAGUGCCAGUCCUGCCCAGAGCACAGCCAGACCCCUGGGCAUGAGGGAGGCUCCACGACUAAGCUGAAGAGACCAACGUUUCAUUCCAGCCGUGGCUCCUUAACUGGGGAGAACGGUGGAACACCAACAGCUGCUAAACCCGGACGCUCCGAAACCAAACGCACUCCGUCCUCGACGAGUGGUCCAGCCAGUCGAGCAGGGAGUCGCGCUGGAAGCCGAGCCAGCAGUCGAAGAGGCAGCGACGCUUCAGACACAUCUGAGCUCAUGGAGACACGCUCGGCCUGCUCCGAUACCUCAGACACCCCUCGCCGUCCUGGGGCCAAACCCUCCAAAAUCCCCACCAUCUCCAAGAAGACUCCCAGCCCCAAAACACCCGCGGGCAAGAAGUAAAUCCUCCAUUGAUGGUGGUCACGGUUUAACCAGCAGGAGGAGAUCAACUCUCAAGUCUCGCCAGCUCAGACGGGACAGGACCGCACUGCACUCCAUCCACUACAGCGUCCAAUACUGCUACACCACCCAGAUUCAAACCUACCAUAAUGCUGCCUUAUUUGUGUUACACAUUAUGUCCUUAAUCUGACUGACGUUACGUGUUUUCUUUGAAUGUGUGAUGGAGAACAUCCAGUGUGAGCAGACAUAUCCUAUACUGACACUAGAAGGGGCUGAAUAUGCAAACGCCCGUCACUCACCAAACCCUCAUGCAUGGUUGGACAAAGUCGCCCUCUCCACCAGCUGGCAUCUCGCCCGGAUGUCAGUGCCACUGCAAACGAGAGGAAGUCGAUUAGAAACACAGACCUUUUCCAUUGGCACAUGGGACAUUUCAGACUCAUGUAUGUUUGUGCGUGCGUGCGUGUGUAUGUAUGUAUGUCAUGGUAAAUUAACGCAGUAAUAAGGAGAGGAAGUGGACGAGGAUACAUAUCUCCGCCUUGUGAUCCGCCUUCAGGUCACACGCGAUCCUUUUACAGGAACUCCUAUUACGCACAACACACGAGUUUCACACACUCGCACCAACCAUGUGUCUAUUUGUCGUUUUGUUACAGACAUCAUGUUACAGAGCUUUUCCACAGUAUGCAAAAAUUAUUACAAUUGUGAAUGUUUGGUUAAUUUAUAAUAAUCCCGACGUUUCUUUUUUAGAGUAAAGAGCUGUAUUUAUUUGUGAUUGCAGUAUCAUAUCAACUCUUGAGAAUGACUAGUAUUAACACAGGCGGAAUCACUCUUCGUUACGUGUUUUUGUUUUGUUUUGUACAUCCGCACCUGACGUAAUGAAUUUCUUUGACUGAUCAUUUCGGAUGUUAACUGACCAGGAAGCUUACUGAUUCCAAUGGUGGCCUUUUUGCCGGUGACUACACACUUUAGAUGACGUCAAAAGUGGCUUCCUACUUGUUCUUUCGUGACGGAAGCACCCUGAAUAAUGGAUGAUGGGGGCGACUGGCGUAGCCCCUGUUAAAAACAGCUCUUUGAAAUCUUGUCUUUGACAAGCUGAAGUAUAUGAAUACCUGAAGAAAGGUGAUUUUUAUUUAUUUAUUGUGUCAUUGUGAGGGGGGGUAAGGGCUGUGAAUGAAUCCACCUUUUGAUUGUGUUACUUUUGACAUGACUGAGAGAAACAGGGGUGCAAUUGUGUAAAAGUAAAGAAGUUAUAAAUUCUUUUUGUUCUCUUUUGUAUUAAAACAAUGCUUGCAGUAAAA